GCGACUUUAAACAUUUUCUCCGAUUUUUGUAUUUUCAAACAGUAUAAUAAAAAUAAAUUUAUUAUAUUUGAGAGUAGAAAAUACAAACUUACUAUAAAGUACGCGAUGGAAGUUAAUGUAGACGUUGAAUAUUGUGGUGCGUGCGGAUAUCAAAAACAAUUUUUGGAUAUGGCUGAAAAAAUUAAAGCGCUUGCACCAAACGCAAAUGUCACUGGAAAGGACGGAAAAGAAGGUACUUUUGAAGUGCAGAUCAACGAACAAUUAGUGCAUUCAAAACUUCAAACUUUGGCCUUCCCCGACCACGACGACGUCAGUGAAAUCGUGAAAGAAGUCCUUGAGGGAAAUCCAAUUAGAAAAGUUAAAAAACAACAACCAAUCGAGUGCUCCAUACAGUAAUUAUUUCAAAAAUAUUAAACAUAGUGAAAUUUCAUUACAAUUCAUUUCUGUAAAUAUUUCUAUAAAUUAAUUAUUCUUUAUUCUUGUAGCAAAACAAUUUCUAUCCGACUACAUCGAAUAAAAUCGCAUUUAAAUACCU